ACAAGCUACACUCUUGGGAACCAACGACCUUUGCUGUUCGCUCGGCGCACUGAUUUAUCCCCUUUUCUUCCUUCGUUCGCCUUCCCCUCCAAAUUGCCACCCACGCCAGCACUUGCCGGCGGAAGAAAUCGGCGGUGGAAUCAUGGCCUGAGCUGAAGAACCCCCCCGAACAGAUGGGUGCCAAGGAUAGCUUUGAUGUGCUGCUGAAGGAAGGCAUCUUCGUGACUGUGUAGUGGUUUCGGCUGUGGAUUAGGACUGGAGAUACAAUAGAGAGUGUGCAGGGAAAAGUCAUUAACAGAAAAUAAGAUGGAAGAAGAUCAGGGAGUUAGGUAUUGGUGCCACAGCUGUGAGGAAGUGGUCGUUCCCGUUGAGCCAGAGAAGAAGUGCCCAGAUUGUGAUGGCGGGUUUGUGGAAGAUAUGGGGUCUGUGGGCUUUGAGCCAUCGGCAAACCUGAGGUCUGACACAAAUGAGUCUGAUCGGUCCCUCUUUUGGGCCCCGUUGCUGCUUGGGAUGAUGGGGGGUUCGUCGCGGCGGUCAAGGCCCCGGAGGGAUAUGAUGGAUUCUGAUUCUGAUGAUGAGUCCCGGCAAGAAAGGAUCAGGAGGGCGUUGAUGGAUACUGAUGAUGAGGAGGAAGAGGAGGCGGAGGCAGAGGAGGAAGAAGAGGAUGAUUCCGAUCGUGAGCUUGAAGACUUGAUCAGGAGGCGAAGGAGUGGCUCUUCCCUUGUCAGGCUGCUCCAGACCCUCCGCAGUGACAUAAGGGGCUUGGAUGACAUUGGCAGGGACAGGGACAGGGAGAGAGACCGGGAUAGAGAAAGAAGGGAGAGGGAAAGGGUUAGAGUAGCCAGGGAGAUAGAAAGGGAGAGGGAGAGGACUAGGGAGAGAAAUCGUCGGAGAGAAAGGACAGAAAGCUUAAUACUGAUCAACUCCAACAAUGAGGCCAUUAUUCUCCAAGGAACAUUUGGACCUGCUGACAACCAAGAGGACUCAAGCAACACUACUGCAGGAGUUUCACUUCAUGAUUACUUUCUUGGGCCUGGCCUAGAUCUUCUCUUGCAGCGUUUGGCAGAUAGUGACCUUAAUCGUUCUGGUACACCACCUGCCAAGAAGGAAUCAGUAGCAGCAUUGCCCACUGUGAACAUCCAGGAAAUAUUGGGCUGUACAGUCUGUCUUGAGGAGUUUGAAAUGGGGACGGAAGCAAAGGAGAUGCCUUGCCAACACAAGUUUCACUCCCACUGCAUCCUUCCAUGGCUGGAGCUCCACAGUUCUUGCCCGAUCUGUCGAUUUCAGUUGCCUACCGAGGAGUCAAAGAACCCGUGUGAAUCAGGCAGUGGCGGUGGGACAGUGAGCGCUGAUGGAGAUAGUGCUGAGUCAAGUAGUAGUGAUGUAGAAGGUACUAACCAUGAUGGAGGCAGCCAGCCUGGCAGUCCUAUGUUCUCUGGUUUGAGGGCACUCUUCGCAGAUCCAUCCUCAUCUGAUGAAAAUAUUCCACAUGCUUCCGAGAGCUGAAGCCAGCAUCGGUCCUGGCUCCUGUGCUUCCAACAUGGCGAUGGAGUUCUAAAAUGAAAUUCCCGAGAGGCCGGUGUCUUUAUGUGUGGUUUUCUGUAAAUAUCUUUAAUUCGACCCUGCAAGACAAGCUGUUAUGUUCGCUUUUUUUCUCAAACUUAUGUGGCUCGUAACCUGUUUGAUGCCCGCCAUGUUUACAGUCUGCUUAUGUGAAAUAAAAGUACUUCAUUAUGUUUACCA